AUGUACUGGUACUACUUCCAGAGCACGCGCGGUGUCCGUGUCUGGUGGAAAGAAUGGGUCACUCGGCUACAAGUGAUUCAGUUCAUGAUCGACCUUGGAUUCGUCUAUUUUGCGUCCUAUACAUAUUUCGCCUCGACAUAUUUUCCCUGGAUGCCCCAUAUGGGUUCGUGUGCAGGCGAGGAGUUCGCGGCUUUGAUUGGCAUUGGCGUUCUGACUUCAUAUCUCGUGCUGUUUCUUGGAUUCUACUUUGCGACGUAUAGAAAAGAAGUGAAGCCGCGUAGUUCACGUGGAACUCUUCGUCCUAUGUCUGAAGCUGAAGCUAUUACCUCUAGCGGUGUCGAAGCUACUAAGCUUACAAGGGGCAAUCUCUCGAUGAGAGCUCGGGAGAUCUUUUGGUUUUCUGUGUUGGAAUCACCGACCGUCGCCUCGGCAGCCCAUGUAGACCGCCAGACGAUUGCGAGGAUGGAUCUGGACACGAAGGAGCACAGGAACGAUAACGGUACCUCGAAUCAUGAAGAAAGGACUGUGCAGGAGUCAAGUGCUUUUAAUCACUUGCCCCUCGACGUCAUCCGGAAGAUCCUCUACACAGUCGAUGCCAACACGUUCGCCUCCCUCGCCGCCUUGAACGAGCAAUGGAGGCAAGCGUCAAAUGAUGCCGAACUCUAUGCACACCACCUUGCCCGAUGCCCCUUAUACGCAGCAUAUAAUGGUACCAAUACUGUAUUGACGGAUACACAGAACCUCGGCUGGUUGAAGCGGGUGUUCAGCCGAGAGAUCAGAAAGAACGCAUUUCAAAUCUUUCUACGUCCGCGCAAAACUUUGGUGACAUUAAUAUCAAGCUCGGUUGGAUCGUCAGCAGCACUGCCAACAGGCGAGGCGAUAAAGUUCGAGUUUUCUACAAACGGUCGCAUUCUGCUUUGCCUCAGCUCUUCUCGUAUUUUCGUUCUAGAUCUGACUGCAUCAGAGAUCAAAGUGUUAUAUGAAUUGAAGACUUCGCGCAUGCCUCUGGCUGCUACGAUCCUUGAUGAUGGUCGUGUUCUCGCCGUUGUCUCACAUCGCCACCAGGUCAACAUCUAUCAUUUGUCUAAAGAUGAAGCGAAACAUGUCCAAGUAUUGACGUUGAACGAUGUUCCGCGGGCUCUCGCUCUUGCGCCGAACGGGAGUGUACUUGGCAUUGCAUAUGACGGGAGCAUAGAAGUACACGCGUUGGGUGAAGAUGUGAUACCGACUCAGUGUCGAGCUGUUCGCUGCGGGAGGAUUGAUACUCUAUCGUUUUCCCCAGAUGGGUCUAUGCUCCUUGGUUCAUCCCUAGACUGUCCUGAUGUCGGCUUUGCCACUAUUACAGCACCGUUUCCAGCCGACUCAAUGGCUGAUUUGAGUAGCCAAGAGGCUCAUAUGUGGACCACGCAGAUAUUAUUUCCCGAUAUAGUACCUGGCUACAGUUAUGUAACAUUGUUACCAAGUCGAAUCAGCGGUGAUGACGACUGGAUAAUGGGUUUUGACAAUAGCCUCAAGAGUUUCCGAGCGGUUCGGCCGAAGGAGCCCAGAAUCGGUUCGACCUAUUUUCCAGGACCGGCUCCCCAAGACGGCACAGAGGAGUUUAUGCCUUCGCUGAGCCCUGCCGUUGACCCAAAGGGUGAACUCGUUGCCCUGGCGUUCCGUGGUGGUGGCCUGUUUCUAUAUGGGCUUCCGGACGAUCUCAAUGCAACGCCAAUAGAGUUUAACGAUACCAGUAUUUUGACGAACUCAACCUCUGAAACCUCCGGAGCCGUCGUCAAAGGGCCUGGAAAAGGGUUUGACCAGCCAUCGCUAUUCAUUGGAGGCCGAAAGGUAGCUGAUAUUCCUGGAUUGACUGCCGCUCGCUGGGUAGGUCGAGGACGUUCUGAAAAAUUUGAUGUGUUUUGCCGACAAAGACUGGUCGCAGUCGCGCCAGGCGGUGUCACUUCUUCUUCGCUCGGGGAUGAGACCAUACCGGUGGAUGGAGGAAGAAUAUCGAUAUUUGAUUUCCGAACAUCAAUAGAAGAUGGCGAGACAGUCGAACUGACGAUUGAGCUUGGAGUGGAAGUGCCACUAGUACUUCGAGAACCCGAUGCAAAUCUUGAACAAGAAGUGGAGCUCGAGAGACGAAGAACUCAGCUGCGUCGUGGUGUGAGCAAUGCACCAAGAUCAGAGGUAAGGAACUCGCUUAUCAUUCCUGUUCCUCCGAUACCAGACAUGUCAAGCCAAAGAAGUCAAUCGUCGGUCUCUCCAACCUUGGGUCCCGAAGUUGGCGACGUUACAUUGUUUUUGGAAGGCCCGUACAGCAAUACCGCUCCUCGUUCUCGAGAUACUCUACAGCGUGCAGCAACUGCAGCAGCUAGCAAUCGGCGACCUCAGCAUGUGGUUCGGGAACCGGAACGCCCUAGGGUACCUGUCCUGCAUAUUCCUCAUGAGAGCGAUGCAGACAACUGGGUACCGCCUCCGCCACCUUAUACACGGAAUCCUGACCAACCACUUCCUGAGCAUCUUAGACAACUGCUACUUCCUACAAUGACAGCCCCUCCUGGUGGUGCUAUGGAGCUGCUACCUCAGCAACCGAGGAGAGCGAGUACGAACGAGGUUGAUCGUGCCGAAGGAGCUGGUUCCGGUGGCAGCUCUGGUAUACUUUCGAGACGUUGGAGUACGCGUAGGCGUACCGUCGAUGCAAGCGAAGAUGCUACUAGUAGGGCUCGUUUGAACUUCAGGCCACUGUCUUUCCAUAGAGCGGUAGCUUCUUCAAGCGGGCAUCCGCAACCUCCAGCCACCCAGGAUCAAAUCCAUCCGCCUGAGCGGUCGAAUCAACCUGCAGCGUCUGGGGAGAGCGAGAGAAACAGACAAUCUUCUACAAUGCAACGUCAGGUAUUGCGAGAAUCAACCGAUAGCGGGAGUCGAGCAGCACCUCCGGCAGUUCUCAAAAAGCAACCCAGAAACAGCAGACUAUUCGGUACAUUUCGAAAAGCAACUAGCCACGGCUCAGUAGCCAGCCAAUCUAACACCGAUGAUCAACAGCAAUACCUACAACCUCCUGGCUCAAGAAGAAACAAAUCGAUUAUGCGCAAUGGCAGAUUCUCACGAUCAUCGCCAAACCUCGCCUUUGGCGGCAACGGGGCAAUAAAUCGCAUGUCUACUAUAUAUAGCAAUGCAUCUCGAUCCGCAGACCAUCAAAAUGGCGGCGUGCACCGGACCCGGUCUCGAUCUGAAGCUGCACAACUACCUCCUGCGCCACUAACGGAGGAAGCUCUACAACACGCUCUCGAAUUGCAGCAUGCCUCAGACGGAAGACGAUUACAAACACAAUCGGUACCUAUGCAUACCGAGCCAUUACCGGUACAGCAGCAACCACCACAAAACCCAGCAGCACCCGAGACAGACUGGCAACAACCGAACCCACUCGAAUCUGAAGACUGGCGCGCACGAAUAGAAGCAUGGAACAUGAAUACAAUCAAUGAAAGAAGGAAAAGCAAAAGCAAAAAUGCGCGAUGCAUCGUCAUGUAA